UGUGUAUUGGUACAUGUUUGAAAGUAAUCAUAGUAAAAUAAAUAUUUGUCUUAAUAUGCCUUGCCUUACAGAUAGAAAAGAGAUGGUAAAAUGGAACAGGAAAACCAGACAAUCCUGGUAGAAUUUUUUCUGAAAGGGCUUUCUGGUUACCCAAGGCUUGAGUUACUCUUUUUUGUGCUGAUCCUAGCAAUGUAUGUGGUCAUCCUUCUGGGUAAUGGUACCCUCAUCUUAAUCAGCAUCUUGGACUCUCACCUUCACACCCCUAUGUACUUCUUCCUGGGCAACCUCUCCUUCUUGGACAUCUGCUACACCACCACCUCCAUUCCCUCUACUCUGGUGAGCUUCCUCUCAGAGAGAAAGACCAUUUCCUUCUCUGGCUGUGCAGUGCAGAUGUUCCUUGGCUUGGCUAUGGGGACAACAGAGUGUGUGCUCCUGGGUAUGAUGGCUUUUGACCGCUAUGUGGCCAUCUGUAGCCCUCUGAGAUAUCCUACCAUCAUGAGCAAGCAUUCCUAUGUGCCCAUGGCAGCUGGGUCCUGGAUCAUAGGAAUAGUUAACUCUGCAGUACAAACAGUAUUUGUAAUACAAUUGCCUUUCUGCCAGAAUAACGUCAUAAAUCAUUUCUCCUGUGAAAUUCUGGCUGUCAUGAAAUUGGCCUGUGCUGACAUCUCAGGCAAUGAGUUCAUCAUGCUUGUGGCCACAACAUUAUUCAUAUUGACUCCUUUAUUAUUAAUCAUUAUCUCUUACACAUUAAUCAUCACCAGCAUCCUCAAGAUCCGCUCUUCUGAGGGGAGAAGCAAAGCCUUCUCUACCUGCUCAGCCCAUCUGACUGUGGUUAUAAUAUUCUAUGGGACCAUCCUGUUCAUGUACAUGAAGCCCAAGUCUAAAGAGACGCUUAAUUUAGAUGAAUUGGAUGCUACUGACAAACUUAUAUCCAUGUUCUAUGGUGUGAUAACUCCCAUGAUGAAUCCUUUAAUCUAUAGCCUCAGAAACAAGGAUGUGAAAGAAGCAGUAAAAUACCUACUGAGAAGAAAAGUUUUUAACAAGUAAAUUAUAAGGGGUCAAGGAAUAGUAUAAUCACAAGGUGGAAAUCAAUUAGAAAACUAAAACAAAUAGUUCUCGCUGCU